CGUAGGAGUUUCAGUCCCUCUCCUGACCAAUCAGAGUCCUCCCCCAUCCAAAUACUUCCGCUAUGCGCCCUGCCUUGCCUUUCCAGUGGAGCGGCCGGCGUGUCUACCAGCAGGAGUGUGUACCACGUAGACCACAGACUUAUAAAGGCUAUUAAGAUGCCUCCAAAGAAGGGAGGAGAAGCCCCCAAGCCACCUCCACUGAUUGGACGGUUUGGGACGUCUCUGAAAAUAGGCAUUGUGGGGUUGCCUAACGUUGGGAAGUCCACCUUCUUCAACGUGCUCACCAAGAGUCAGGCCGCCGCCGAGAACUUCCCGUUCUGCACCAUCGACCCAAAUGAGAGCAGGGUGCCCAUCCCCGACGAGCGCUACGACUACCUCUGCCAGUUCCACAAACCGGCCAGCAAGGUGCCAGCGUUUCUGAACGUCGUGGACAUCGCCGGCCUGGUGAGGGGAGCUCACGCCGGGCAGGGGCUCGGAAACGCCUUCCUCUCCCACAUCAGUGCCUGCGAUGGCAUCUUCCACAUGACGCGUGCGUUUGAUGACGAGGACAUCAUACACGUGGAUGGUAACGUCGACCCGGUGAGGGACAUAGAGACCAUCCAUGAGGAGCUGAGACUCAAGGACGAGGAGAUGAUCGCUCCCAUCUUGGACAAACUGGAGAAGACCGCCGUCAGGGGAGGGGACAAAAAACUCAAACCCGAAUACGAUAUCAUGUUGAAGAUAAAGAGCUGGGUGGUGGAGGAGAAGAAACACAUCCGAUUUUACCACGACUGGAAUGACAAAGAGAUCGAGGUGUUGAACAAAUACCUGUUUUUGACAUCCAAGCCCAUGAUCUACCUGGUCAAUCUGUCUGAGAAGGAUUACAUCCGGAAAAAGAACAAGUGGCUGGCAAAGAUCAAGGAGUGGGUCGAUGCCCACGACCCCGGCGCUCUGGUCAUUCCCCUCAGCGGAGUGCUGGAGUUCAAGCUUCAGGACAUGUCCGACGAGGAGAGGAGCAAAUACUGUGAGGAGCAGAAGACGCAGAGUGUGAUGACCAAAAUCAUCAAGGCGGGCUACGCAGCGCUACAGCUGGAAUACUUCUUCACAGCGGGACCGGAUGAGGUGCGAGCGUGGACCAUCAGGAAAGGCACCAAGGCUCCCCAGGCUGCAGGAAAAAUCCACACCGACUUUGAGAAAGGCUUCAUCAUGGCUGAGGUGAUGAAGUAUGCCGACUUCAAAGAGGAGGGCAGUGAAAAUGCUGUCAAGGCUGCUGGGAAAUACAGGCAACAGGGCAGGAACUACAUCGUGGAGGACGGGGAUAUUAUAUUUUUCAAAUUCAACACACCCAAUGCCCCCAAAAAGAAAUAAAGGGGGGAACUCAGAGUAACACAGUGCAGACUGGCGCCUGAGAGCUACAGUGUCUGACGCUCUUCAUGCUUCUCUCUUGAAUCUGUUGGGACAAAACAGUGCCAGGCGUGGACCAGGGGAGGGGAUUUCUAAGUUAUUGAAAUGUUCAGGGACCUGCAGAUGAAAUGUAACGGGACAAAAAUAUAGAAGAACUUUCUAUAGAGGCACACUAUACAUUCCAAUCUACAAUAUUUUCAAUUAAACGGACCUCAGCGACGUAAAAGUGAACGCACGCCGUCAGACAGUGUAGCACUCAAGGCCAAGACUGCACUGAGUUCUCGGUUCCUGGGCGGGAUGGUGUUAUUAUUGUAAUUAUUAUUUUAGAUAAAGCAAAGCAGGCAGCUUUGACAGUGCCUGAUCAGAAACCCAGAUGGGGAAUGUUGAUUCACACACGGCUUCCGCUGAUUUACGUUUGGGGCUCGGGAGGGAAAACUCCCCCCUUGUUCACACUUCAGUGUUUUCAUCCCGCAGCAGCAUCCCCGCUUUCAUGGUGAACCGACAGAUGCUCAGUGUGUUGUUGCCCUGCGGAUCAUCUGGCCCAGACUGUGUAGCUUCAAACGCAUCUCUCACCUCUCCUCUCCAUCACUCAAACAUUUUGCCAAAUUGUGGACUUGCUAUGAAUCUUUUCCUUCUAACUAUACCAGAGUGAGGUGGUGAGGAAUUGGGAAAUUGGGGGGGAGAAGAAACUUUCAGGGUGAAACAAAAUAAUCUGUAAGGAAAAAUGGAAAUGCAUGUGCUGCGUCUUCACUGAUUGUGUUCACACUCAAUAAAAGGAGACAACCUCUAA